UUUGCUGGUGUUUUCUGUGGGGGCGGUGCGUCAGUUCCGAGUCUAGCUGGCCCUUCUGAACUUCCUGGAUGUUUGCUCGGGAGCCGCAAGGACUUGACAACAGAUUUAGGGGAAAAGAAUCUUUGGCGGAGAGCACAGGUACCCAGGCGCAAGGACAGCGUUUUAGGUUACUAUGAAUAAUGCUGCUGUGAGCAUUCUGUGCACAUUCACAAGAACGUCUGUGUGGGAGGCAGUGACCUUCAAGGAUGUGGCCGUGGUCUUCACAGAGGAGGAGCUGGGGCUGCUGGACCUCACCCAGAGGAAGCUGUACCAGGAAGUGAUGCUGGAGAACUUCCGGAACCUGGUCUCAGUGGGUGAGGAUGGCGCCCUCUCUAACCGAAAGUCAGCUCCUUGGUUUGGCUUCAUGUCCUCAGGAGGCAAGAUCCAACAUGAGACAGAGACUGUUCCAGAAGCAGGACCACAUGAAGAUCUUUCCUGCUGGCAGAUCUGGCAACACAUUGCAAGGGACUUAACCAGGUGUCAAGACUCCAUGAUGAAAAGUUCUGAGUUCUGCAAACAUGGUGACGCACCUAGCCAGGUUGGGGCAGGACUGUCUAUAAUUCACACAGGCUGGAAACCUUAUCAGUGUAAUGAAUGUACAGAAUCUUUCAGUGAUGUCUCCAAAUUUGAUUUUCACCAGCAAAUACAUUCUGGAGAAAAGUCUCAUACAUGUAGUGAAUGUGGGAAAAGCUUCUGUUACAGCUCAGCCCUUCGAAUUCAUCAGAGAGUUCACUCUGGAGAGAAACGUUAUAAGUGUGAUGAGUGUGGCAAGGAAUUCAGUCAGAAUUCACAGCUGCAAACUCAUCAGAAAGUCCACACUGUAGAGAAGCCAUUCAAAUGUGAGCAGUGUGGGAAAGGCUUCAGCCGUAGAUCAACACUUACUGUUCAUUGUAAAUUACACUCAGGAGAACCUUAUAAUUGUGAGGAGUGUGGGAGGGCCUUCAUUCAUGCUUCACAUCUUCAGGAACAUCAGAGAAUCCACACUGAGAAACCAUUCAAGUGUGAUAUAUGUGGUAAGAACUUUCGCCGUAGAUCAGCACUUAAUAGUCAUUGUAUGGUCCAUACAGGGGAGAAACCAUAUAAAUGUGAGGACUGUGGGAAGUGUUUCACUUGUAGCUCAAAUCUUCAUAUCCAUCAGAGGGUCCACACAGGAGAGAAACCUUAUAAAUGUGAGGAGUGUGGUAAGUGCUUCAUUCAGCCAUCGCAAUUUCAGGCCCAUAGGAGAAUCCAUACAGGAGAGAAACCAUAUGUAUGUAAAGUGUGUAGUAAAGGCUUCAUUUAUAGUUCAAGUUUUCAAGCCCAUCAGGGAGUCCAUACAGGAGAGAAACCUUUUAGAUGCAGUGAGUGUGGGAAGAGCUUCAGGAUGAAAAUCCAUUAUCAAGUUCAUCUGGUGGUUCAUACAGGAGAGAAACCCUACAAAUGUGAGGUAUGUGGGAAGGGCUUCCGUCAGAGUUCAUAUCUUAAAAUCCAUCAGAAAGCCCACAGCAUAGAGAAACCUUACAAGUGUGAGGAGUGUGGGCAGGGCUUCAAUCAGAGUUCACCUUCAAUCCAUCAGCUGAUCCACACUGGCGAGAAACCAUACAAAUGCGAAGACUGUGGAAAGGGGUUCAGUCGUAGAGCAGAUCUUAAAAUUCACUGCAGAAUCCACACAGGAGAGAAACCCUAUAGUUGUGAAGAGUGUGGGAAGGUCUUCAGUCAGGCAUCUCACCUUCUGACCCAUCAGAGAGUCCACAGUGGAGAAAAACCAUUCAAAUGUGAAGCAUGUGGGAAGAACUUCAGUCGGAGUUCACACCUGCAAGCCCAUCAAAAAGUCCACACUGGAGAAAAGCCAUAUAAAUGUGAGGAGUGUGGGAAGGGCUUCAAGUGGAGCUUGAACCUCGACAUGCAUCAGAGGGUUCAUACAGGAGAAAAACCGUAUAAAUGUGGGGAGUGUGGGAAGCACUUCAGUCAGGCCUCAAGUCUUCAGCUUCACCAGAGCGUCCACACUGGAGAGAAGCCAUACAGAUGUGAUGUGUGUGGGAAAGUCUUCAGUCGGUCUUCCCAGCUUCAGUAUCACAGACGAGUUCACACAGGAGAGAAACCUUACAAGUGUGAGAUGUGUGAAAAGAGCUUCAGCUGGCGCUCCAACCUUGUAAAUCAUCACAAAGUCCAUACUGGGGAUGCAUUUUAUGAAAACGAUGAGAGUGGUAAGAACAUCAAGGAACUGUCAGAGGAAAGAAGUUCUGCAAGGGUCAGCAUUUAUGGACAUUUCCUUUGGGAAGAAAGAGGAGGAGCGGCUAAAAGCGGAGGUUUGAGGGCCGAGGGUGGUGAUGUGCGUCCCCCUAGGCGGAGCUUCUUGCCGUUUGGGACGUCCCCGGGAUGGGGUGGGCUCAGGUCUUGCUUCUCGGGGUUUGAGGGUCUUCCCGGCUUUAUGCACCGCUCGCCCGACCCCCUAACUUGUGAGCUUGCCCUGCCACUUCUUGCGGACCCUGCAUUAUUCCCAGAAGGAGAGGAAAUGAGCACAUUCAAGGAGGCAGUGACCUUCAAGGAUGUGGCUGUGGCCUUCACUGAGGAGGAGCUUGGGCUGCUGGACUCUGCCCAGAGGAAGCUGUACCAGGAAGUGAUGGUAGAAAACUUCAGGAACCUGGUCUCCGUGGGACAUCAACCCUUCAAACGAGAUACAUCAUGUAAAGAAAGAAGAGAAGCUUUGGAUGAUGAAUUUAGCAACCCAGGAGAAAACAGUCAAAAUCAAAGUGAGUUGAGGGCCAUUCAAGACAGAGGAUCCCAUGAAGAGCUUUUGUGGCAAAUCUGGCAACAGAUUGCAGAUGACUUAACCAGAUGUCAAGACUCCAUGAUAAAUAGUUGUCAGUUCCACAAACUAACAGGUGAUUCCCCCUGCCAGGUUGGGGCAGGAUUAUCUAUUCAUAUUUCUGGAGAUGAGAACUGUAUAUUAAGUGAGAAAAUGAAUGGUCCCAGUGGUAUUGAAAAUCCAGAGUUUGCAACUUUGGGAGUCCAGAAUUCUUGGAGGAAAACUUCCUUGACUGAGUCACAGAAUUAUCACUAUAGACACAAGCCCAUUUCCAUGAAAAAUAAGCUAUAUCAGUGUAAAGAGGAUUUUGAAAACAUCAAUUGGAUUUCACAUCACCUUGAUGGUCAUCGAGAACACAAAAGUGAAAACUCUUAUAACCAUGAUGAUUAUGGAAAAGACAGCAUAAGGCUUUCAGCGUUUCAGAAUAGUAUGAUUCACACAGAACAAAAACCUUACCAGUGUGAUAAAUGUAAAAAAACCUUCACCAGUCUCUCCACCUUUGGUCUUCACGAGCAAUUACACUCAAAAGAGAAGACACACAUGUGUAGUGAGUGUGGAAAAGGCUUCUGUUAUAGCUCAGUUCUUCAUAUUCAUCAGAGAGUUCAUAUGGGAGAAAAACGCAGUAAAUGUGAUGAGUGUGGGAAGGAGUUCACUCAGAGCUCACAUCUGCAAACUCAUCAGAAAGUCCACACCAUAAAGAAACCAUUCAAAUGUGAGGAAUGUGGGAAAGGCUUCAGUCGUAGAUCAGCACUUUCUGUUCAUUGUAAAGUCCACACGGGAGAGAAACCUUAUACCUGUGAGGAGUGUGGGAGGGCCUUCAGUCAGGCCUCUCACCUUCAGGACCAUCACAGAGUCCACACAGGGGAGAAACCAUUCAAAUGUGAUGCAUGUGGUAAGAGCUUCAGUCGGAAUUCACAUCUUCAGUCCCAUCAGAGAGUCCAUACAGGAGAGAAACCAUACAAAUGUGAGGAGUGUGGGAGAGGCUUCAUUUGUAGCUCAAAUCUGUACAUUCAUCAGAGGGUCCACACAGGAGAAAAACCCUACAAGUGUGAGGAAUGUGGUAAAGGCUUUAGUCGACCUUCAAGUCUUCAGGCCCAUCAGGGGAUCCACACUGGUGAGAAGUCAUACCUAUGUAAUGUGUGUGGCAAAGGUUUUACUCUGAGUUCAAACCUUCAGGCACAUCAAAGAGUUCACACAGGAGAGAAACCAUACAAGUGUGAUGAGUGUGGGAAGAGUUUCAGGAGGAACUCUCAUUAUCAAGUUCAUCUGGUUGUCCAUACAGGAGAGAAACCCUACAAAUGUGAGGUAUGUGGGAAGGGCUUCAGUCAGAGUUCAUAUCUUCAAAUCCAUCAGAAAGCCCACAGCAUAGAGAAACCUUACAAGUGUGAGGAGUGUGGGCAGGGCUUCAAUCAGAGUUCACGACUUCAGAUCCAUCAGCUGAUCCACACUGGCGAGAAACCAUACAAAUGCGAAGAGUGUGGAAAGGGGUUCAGUCGUAGAGCAGACCUUAAAAUUCACUGCAGAAUCCACACGGGAGAGAAACCCUAUAAUUGUGAGGAGUGUGGGAAAGUGUUCCGGCAGGCCUCAAAUCUUCUGGCACAUCAGAGAGUCCACAGUGGAGAAAAACCAUUCAAAUGUGAAGAGUGUGGGAAAAGCUUCGGUCGGAGUUCACACCUGCAAGCCCAUCAAAAAGUCCACACUGGAGAAAAGCCAUAUAAAUGUGAGGAGUGUGGGAAGGGCUUCAAGUGGAGCUUGAACCUCGACAUGCAUCAGAGGGUUCAUACAGGAGAAAAACCGUAUAAAUGUGGGGAGUGUGGGAAGCAUUUCAGUCAGGCCUCAAGUCUUCAGCUUCACCAGAGCGUCCACACUGGAGAGAAGCCAUACAGAUGUGAUGUGUGUGGGAAAGUCUUCAGUCGGUCUUCACAACUACAGUCUCAUCAGAGAGUUCACACAGGAGAGAAACCUUACAAGUGUGAGACAUGUGGUAAGAGCUUCAGUUGGCGCUCAAACCUAACAAUUCAUUACAGAAUCCAUGCUGGUGAUAAAUCCUAUAAAACUGGUAGAGGCGGUAAGACCAUCAGUUCACACAGGAACAAAAUUCUAUAAAAUGAUUUAAAAAACCACCUAAA